GGGCUCGUGCCGCACCGCGGGAGCUGCGUAUAAACCAGCUCUCGACCAUGUUGGUAGGGACUUCCAUUGUGGCGAAUGCCAUGUUGGAAGACUAUAAAGUUCUGAGCCGCCGUGAAGAAGAGGCUGUCCGCCUGCGGGCAGAGGCGGAAAAGCUGGUCCGAGCUGCUCGUGCGGGUGCAGAGCAGCUGGAAAAAGAUAAAGCUGCUUUUGAGAAGCAGAAGCAGACCUCUGAGUGGGCUGCCACUGUCCAACUGAAACAGGUGCGUACCCUUGCUAAACUCCUUGCUGAUGAGCGUAAGCGUUGGGAGGAAAUUUCAUCCAACGAGCGCAAGAAGUGGAACGAAUCUUGGGCUAAGCAGAACAAUCUUCUGUUUCAUACUCGGCAGGAGCUAGCAAACGCCAAGGCGGCAAAUGUUGCCUUGGGCAAUGAAAAAGCUGCGGCUGAGGCCGCAUCAGCUAAAGCGCUGCAGGCAAAGGAUGAGGCCCUGAAGGCGCUUGAAGAGGCCAAAGCAGCCGGGGCUCGUGCCUCAAAGGCCCUUGAAGAGGCCGCGGAGAAGGAGAGCCGUUCUUCCAAGGCUCUGGAAGAGGUGAAUGCGGAGCGCAUUCGUUUGGAUAAGGUUGUUUCCAGCCUUCAGGCUGAGGUUCAGGCCCGGGCGGUUGCGGUUACGGACCUUACUGCCCGCGUGUCUGAUGCGGAGAAGCGGGCCGACGCUGCUGCUGAGGCCAAGGAUGCCUUGAUUGUCAAGGCUAUAAUGAAUGCUCCUGAGACCUCAUCUGGUUUGGACCUGGUAUCGUAA